GUGAAAACGGGACCACACUAAGAAACCCUUGCAGCAUCCGCCCAAGCGUUCUCUUCUGUACCCAUGGCCGCCCCUCAAGAUGACGCCUUGAUGAUGACCAUCAUGUCGGACGACGAGAUUGAAGUGCUUGAUUCGAGCAGUGACGAAGAAGAAGCCAAGGAGCAAGAAUUGGCCGUCAUCUCCAAGAGUAAGAAGAAGAAGCUCCAGUCCAAGCAGGCGCAGCAAAAGAAGAAGGCGGCGGUGAGCGAGAUCAGCGAGAGCUUCCAGUUUGACGACGACUCGAGCUUCAAGGGCCCCGCCGGCUGCUCGUGGGACUUUACCAAGGCCAUUGCGCAGAUCGAUGACAUGGAGCGCCGCGUCUACGGUGAAAGCGUCCGGUCGACGAUCCAAAAGAAAAUUGAGCUGCGCCGGAAGGAACGCCAGGCCGAGCGCCGCGAGAAGCGCAAGGCGGCGCAGGCCGCGGGCGAAGAGGCCGACGACGACGACUCGGAGAACGACGAGCCUGCCAAGAAGGCGCCCAAGGAGGUGCUGGAAAAGGACGUCAACGACUCGGAAGACGACGACGACGAUGACUCGGAGAACGACGAUGUCGUCGAAGAAGCCCGGCUGCAGGAGGCGCUUGCGGAGCGCAAGGCCGCGCAAGGCUCGUCCGACCACGUGGACGAGAUUGAAAAGAAGAAAGCGGCGGCAUUCUUCGAUGACAACAACGACGUCUUCAAGAAGGCGUCGCCGGACGACCUCAAGACGUUCAGCGACCUCAAGCUCAGCCGUGCGCUGGUCCGCGCCGUCACGUCGCUCGGUUUCGAGAAGCCGACGCCGAUCCAGCAGCGCGCGAUUCCUGUUGCGCUGUCCGGCAAGGACAUUUGCGCCAGUGCGCAGACGGGGUCGGGUAAGACGGCUGCGUUCUUGCUCCCGAUCCUUGAGCGCCUCCAGUUCCGCUCGCGCAAGGCCGCGGCCACACGCGUCCUCAUCAUCUGCCCCGUGCGUGAGCUCGCGACGCAGUGUCAGUCCGUGCUCGAGCAGCUCGGCAAGUUUACGGACGUGACGUCGGCGCUCGCCGUCGGCGGUCUCCCGCUGCGCGAGCAGGAAGCCGAGCUCCGGAAGCUCCCGGAUGUCGUCAUUUGCACGCCGGGCCGCAUGAUUGAUCAUUUGCGCAACUCGCGCUGCGUGCACAUGGACGACCUCGAGAUCCUCGUGCUCGACGAAGCCGAUCGCCUCCUCGAGCUCGGGUUCACGGAAGAGGUCCAGGAGCUUGUGGGCAUGUGCCCCCUUGCGCGCCAGACGAUGCUCUUCUCAGCGACGCUCACGUCCAAGGUCGACGAGCUCAUCAAGCUCUCGAUGAAGCGGCCGGUGCGCAUCAGCACGGACCCGCUCUACGACAUGGCGCAGAACCUCGUCCAGGAGUUUGUCCGCAUCCGCCCGACGCGCGAGGAGGACCGCGAAGCCAUCUUGCUCGCGCUCUGCACGCGUACCUUCAAGACCAACACGAUCGUGUUUAUGGAAACCAAGAAGCACGCCCACCGCAUGAUGAUCCUCUUCGGCCUCGCGGGCAUCAAGGCCGCCGAGCUCCACGGUGACCUCGACCAGCGCGAGCGUCUCCAGGCGCUGCAGAACUUCCGCGACGGCAGCGCCGACAUCCUCCUCUGUACCGACAUUGCCGCCCGUGGUAUCGACGUCGAGGGUGUCCACGCCGUCAUCAACUACCAGAUGCCCAAGGACGUCACGACGUACGUGCACCGCGUCGGUCGUACGGCGCGUGCCGGCCGGAAGGGCCGUGCGGUCACGCUCACGUCCGAGUCGCGCCGUCUCAUCAUGAAGGAAGUGGCGCGUCACUGCCACGGCUUUGUCAAGAGCCGUAGCGUCCCGGAUGCUGUCAUCAACCAAUGGCGUGCGCGCGUCCAGGCGAUGGAAGAAGACGUCUCGUCCGUCAUGAAGGAAGAGACGCUCGAGAAGCGCAUGCGCGAAGCCGAGCGCGAAGCGUCGCGGACGACCAACCUCAUUCGCCACCAGAGCGAGAUCCACGGCCGCCCGGCCCGUACGUGGUUCCAGAACGAGAAGGAAAAGAAGGUCGUGUCGGACCGCGCCGAGGAGGCGCGCCAGGCCAAGCUGGCCGAGAUGGAAGCCGCCGAAGACAAGAAGAAGCACCCGCUCAACCACAAGAAGCGCCGCAUGACGGAGAUCCGCGAGCGCGAGCAGGCGCUGCUCGAGGAUGCCGCCGAGCAGAACAAGAAGGUGUUUACGUCGCAGCAUGUGGCCGGCGCGGCCAAGAGCGCCAAGCGCAAGGCCAUUGAAGAGAAGCGCGAGAUUGCCAACCGGUCGAUCUCGGAGAUCCACGAGCUCAAGCGUCAGAAGCGCGAGAAGAUGCAGCAGCAGCGCGCGGCCCGUGGCGGCUUUGACGAAGACAUGACGCGCGCCAAGAAGCCGUCGGCGCCCAAGGCCCGCCCGGAGAGCGCGGCGCGCGGUGGCAAGAAGGACGAGUUUGUCUUCAAGGAGAAGAUCACGAACUUGCGCAAGCAGGGCAAGAAGAGCGUCAAUUCGUUCAAGUCCAAGACGCGGUACAACCGCCGCAAGUAGAAGCC